AGCCGGUGGAAAAAGACAGGCUAGAUACGGGCGUGUCUACCGCUGAAGGCCGGUGGAAAUCUAGAUCGUCGAGUAUUAAAUCCAGAAAUCAGGUGCCUCUCACACCGCCACGUGUCUCUACCCUCCGUCUAUAAAAAACUAAACUCAUUGUUCCAUGGAAGUUCGCUCAUAACUUUGUCUUCACUCUUCUCACUCUCAACCGCUGCUUCUCUCUACGAAAAAUAGCUCUCUCCUCUCUCUACACAGUUUCAAUCGGAAGUUGAUUCGUCAUGAGUCGUUUUUGGACUUUGAUCACUCACCUUCAUACUCUCGCCGGGCCAGUGAUGAUGUUGCUCUAUCCUCUGCUUCUAAGCAAAAUAGUCCUCCCACGGCUCCCGAGUUCAGGACACGCACCAUCACGUAUUCGGGAGAGAAGUGGUAGACAAAACACUUCCUAUAGGUUUACCAUUCCAGAGGCAAUUUCCACAACCAUGGCUGGAGAUAUUCGGGCGAUCCUAAAGCUUCCGCUAUACGAGGACAGGUAUGCGUCUGUUGUAGCGAUAGAAACAACUUCAAAAUUGGAUGAUGAGCAGUGGCUAGCAUAUUGGAUACUGUAUUCUUUCCUCACGCUCAUGGAAAUGCUACUGGAACCUAUGCUUCAGUGGAUACCAAUAUGGUAUGAUGUGAAAUUGUUAUUUGUGGCGUGGCUGGUUCUGCCUCAGUUCAGAGGGGCUGCCUUCAUAUAUAACAAACUGGUUAGGGAAAAGCUUAUCAAGAAAUAUGGAGCAAGAUUCUUACCACAACAACAAAAUUCCCCAAAUGGCAAGGCCAAAACCAAAACUAAAUUUGUGGACUUCAUUUCCCCUAAGAAGGGUGAUCAUGAAGUUUCCUAAAAGAAGAAGAGAUGGACCGUGGACACACCUUGAUAUCUUACAAGCUCCCUUCUUGUCUGAAUUCUUCUUUUUACCUUUCUUGAUUUAAUUUGUUGACCAGUAAAGAUAUGUACAUCGUAUGAUCUUUGACAUGUUCACAUGAAAUAUCACUUUUUGGUGUUUGUAAUGUAAAAAAUUGUGUCCAAAAUGUUGUUAAUUGAGAUUUACUAAUGAAUGUAUGUUUGAGGAUUGUGUAUUGUACACAAUCAAAGGCAAUCCCUACUUAUCAAUAGAUGGAUAGAGUUUUUGUGA